AUGGCUGGCGACGAAGAAUACUUCCAGGUCAACUAUGCCUGUAAAUGGCUGGAGCAAAUCGGAUCGCAAUUCUCCCGCCUGAAGAAAGUCAUUAUCGAUACAAAUACGAUGUAUCUCCUCAAGAUCAUUUCGUUCGGAGAUGCUAGCAAAAUACCGAAUACCCCAGAUGUUGUAAACGAAGCGGUUGACAGGGGUAGAGGGUGGAACGAUAAAGCGCAUAUGCUCAACAACAUGCUCACUGCUCUCGCGGUAGAAGACGUCCUCGACAUACGCAAAUACUCCUUCUCCAAUCGCCUCAUGAGCGCGGUCUCAAUAAUCACACGUCCGGAAGAGCAAGAGGAAGAGAACAGUUACGUGGUUAUGUGGAACGGGAGCGAGGAAGAACGUGAGGAGUUCCUCACGUCAGACGAAGGCAAACCUCUUCGAUGGAAGCCGUGGGAGCCGUAUGAAGGGCGCUACCAUUUUGGACACUUACCAACGGACAUACGAGAACGAAUAGCAGGGCUUUUACUGCGCCAACCAGACGGAGUCACAAUUGACUUGGAGUCACACACCAUACAUGGUCUCGACUUCGAUAUCGCUCGGACAGGUCUAGUCCACGUGCGCAACGCAGGGAUAGUUGCAUCACGUGUGAACCGAAUCAGUGUAAAGAUGACCAGCAACAAGACCAUUACAGACUUCGACGGAUUCGAUAAGCUUAUGACCUUCUAUCACAGAAGACACGAUCAUCCCGAGGUCUUAGAUCAGAUGUUAGGUUACUCGGAAGAGCCCAGUCCACAGACCAUCAUACUGGAAAUCGCGCCUGCCAAGAUAGAAAUCCUCGGCGCUAUUCGUAUCAACAUGAAAGUCUUGAUACUCGUACUCCUCAGCCGAAAACUCCAUCCUGCCUCCACCAUCCGCAUAACACUUACCCCACCUCCUGACACCGGAGCACCGCAACAAACCACUACCAUCUCGACGGAAAAGCUAUACCAACAAGUAUUUAUCCUCCUAUCCGAAUUCAUGGUUGAGAAAUUGCAAGGAUUGCCCAAACUCCCUGAUCCCAACACCGAGAAAGCUCUUCUCGAACUCAAGACCCCUGAUCUCUGGAUCGACGGCUACGGCAACCUUCUCACCAUCUCGACUCUCGAUAUGGGUGCUCCGAUAGAAGUUAGAGUCGGAAAGCUCGGCAGGAAAGAGCUGCGCGUUUUGGGGUACAGCAGAGCUACUACUAUGGACUGGAUGGCUAAGCCGCUGAGCGAGGCGCUCCAGGCGCAUGACUACACUUCUACAUGGAGAGGGGCUGAGUUGGUCUGUCUGUGGGAUAAUCUGAGGAAGAAAUUAUAUGAUGAUUGGAACUUCAGGCAGCCGCCGCCGGGGUUGAUGGAGUCGACGCGACUGCAGUAA